CGAAGCGUGAUCAUAUCCGGAGCGGUGCUGUUUAUAUGUAUUCGGGAUCUGGUCCCACGGUGUUUGGUUUUGCAGCGGCAGCAGCAGCAGCAGCAUGUCUCAGGUUCGGGUCACGAACUUCUUCGGUCAGAAGAAGAAGGGAAUCCGGGGAGCAGCGAAGGAGGCAGGAAAGCAGCCCAGCGGUGGCGUUAGAGGCUCUUCAGCCUCUGAAGACUAUGCUCUCUGCUCCUCCGCGGUCCAUGAGGAGUUUGUCCGGGUUAUCGACGAGGCAGUGGGGCUGAUUAACGACGGGGAGUCUGUAUCUACCAAACCCAGCAAAGACCUGUCCAGUCCCCGGACUCCCAAGAGGAGCUCGGCCGAUGCUGGGUUUGAUCUCGGGGCUGCGGUGUUUUUAGCCAAAAAGAGACGGAAAGCCGGAGGGAUCAGACAGGCCGAGGCGAACACAUCUGAGAAAACAUCAAGGACAGCCAGGAAGAAGCUUGUCCUCCAUGAUGAGACACCACAGGCUCUUUGUAAGGAGGACAUCACAGCGCUCAAGUCUCGCCUUGAGAGGAUCAAAAAACAAGCAGAGGACAUUGCCAGCCCCACUUCUUCAGCUCCUCUUUCCACACCCCCUGCUUCCUCCUCUCCAGCUGCCUCCAACAAUGCAGCCCUGCCUGUUCCUACAGCCAACGGGCCCUCCACCACGGAGGCUAGGCCUCCCAGGUUCUCUGUGGCUCGGGCCAAAGAGCUGGCAGCUAAAGCCCAGAGGAUGAAGGAAGAGAGGGAAGCAGGCGAGAUCAAGCCGGCUGAGAAUCCAGACAGUACUGAAAAGCCAGCAUAUCAGCGGUAUCACACCCUCGCCCAGGCCAUGCCCCCGGGCCUGUCCCUGCCUUACCACUACAAGAUACUAGCUGAGAUGUUCAGGAGCAUGGACACAGUGGUGGCCAUGUUGUACAACCGUUCUGAGACGGCCACCUUCGCCAAGGUCAAGCAGGGAGUUCAGGACAUGAUGCACAAGAGAUUUGAGGAGAGCCACGUUGGUCAGAUAAAGACUGUGUUUCCUGAAGCAUACACCUUCAAACAGGAGAAGAACAUUCCAACGUUCAACCGCAACAUCUCAAAGGGAAGCUACCAGCUCACAUUGGAGCCUGUCCUCAGCUCUGACCACAAUGAAGCUCGACCUGUUCUCUCUGCCUCCCGUCUCCUGGAGAGAAGACACAUCUUUCACCAGAACCUGAUCUCUGUUGUCAAACAGCAUCACAAGACCUUCCUGUCCCUGUUGGUGCCUCCAGUCUCUGUUCCAGAAGACAAACUGACCCGCUGGCAUCCUCGCUUUAAUGUAGACACUGUUCCCGCCAUCCAGGUUGGCUCGCUGCCACAGGUUCCUCACACAGAGAAAUUGUCGACGGUUCAGGAGGUCCUGGAGAAUGCCCGCUCGCUCAUCACCCCCAAGCUGGAGAAGGCUCUGGUUUCUCUGGCCCGAAACACAGAAGACAAGGAUGGGGAAGGUACCAAACCAAUAUGUUCACAGAAUCCAACAGUUCCUCAAGCAUCAAUUUCUGCUGCAGCCCAGGUUCCAUCUUCUCUUAAAGGGGUGCCCCAGUCCCUGCUAGACAAGAUUCGGGCAAAAGAGGCCCAGAAGCUGCAGGCAGCCAUGACCCGAAACCCUGCUCAGGAGGAACGGCUGCUGAUGAUGUCCAGGCUCGGCGAGCUGGCCAGGAUCCUUCGAAAUGUGUUUGUUGCAGAGGCAAAAGCUGCGUUAAUCAUGGAGGUGGCGUGUAACCGCAUGGUGGCGAGCUACAGAUCAGCUCUGAGUCCAGGUGAAAUGGAGAAACACAUUCGUCUCUUGGCAGAAGUGGCUCCUGAUUGGCUGAGCAUUCAUCCCGUCAGGAAGGAUUUCUACCUGAAGCUGAACAAGAUGCAGGAGGUCAGCAUCGUUCUGGACAAACUGAACCGCAGACUCAAAGAGGAGGGAUUCUGAUGAACUCUGCUGUGAAACCAGCCUCGAUAUUUAAACUACUAGUGUUUGUUUGGUUUAUCUGCAGAUUGUUGCAGUGGUGAGACUUUUUCUAAACUUCAUGCUGUGUUGACCCUGCCAGGUUCUGGUGAUCAACCUGUAUUUGAAAAUGUUGUUUUUAACCAGAUUUUGGUUGUGAUGUUUUUUUAUGCUUCCUAUAAAAGGGUAGUGUUGGUUUGCUGACUUUGUGUCCUUUAGGAAUCAUUUUUUAAAAGUGAACUGCUCAGCAGUGUUUAGGAAUGGUGUGCCACAUGUUUCUGAGUGCAGUUCAUUACAGUCUGAGCCUGCUGUCAUUGUCACACUGUGUGCGUUGCCAAGUGUUGUAUUGCCAGUUUGUUUUACAGGACAGGUUUAAGUUCCAAUUAAAUGACAGUGAAAUGGUC